AUGAAUGUUAGUACGGGUGUUUCACUCUCGACCCUGCAUCUCAGCAGCACAAGCGAUGAUGAUUCCGAAUCCGACAGCCUGACCAGCUUCAAGCCUGCAGACCCGAUUCAGUGGCACGACCGUGAGCUGCCGUCGUGGGCGUACGAUGAUUCUGCCGUGCAGGUCAUUUCAUGUGUCAUGGAAUGGAAGGCGCCAGCUUUAGUUAGAGUCGGAGCAGCAAGCACACGUGUAUUGGCGUUCGUGUGGCGCUACGUCUUUUAUGCUAUGCUUGUUGUGUGGUUCUUCUGGGCUGCUUUCCCGCUGGUCGUCGCAAAUUUUGCUACUUGUGACGAGCAAGGCGGCUUCUCUCGUAUAUCUGCUAAGCUGCUGAUCAUCUACGUCCCCUUCGUCUUGCUGUCCCUUUGGCUCGAGUGCAAGGUCCUGGCUGCCAAGAUUCCCAUGGAGGUGUGCUCCUUGGGUGGCUGGACCUUUCUUGGCGUUCGUGUCCCCUUCUCUGCAUACUUCGGCGUGCAGCUCGUGGUCAGCGCCGUGAGCCACAUGGACCUCGCCACAAAUGGCAUUGUCUACGCAGAGAUUCUACACACGGCAUCUUGCGACGGGAACCGUGUUGAUGAGACCUGGGCGUUGGUAAGCCAGCGCUCGGUUUUCCACGAACGGUUGCCCCGCCUCAGUGCGGUUGCCUCAAUCAGCUAUGGGUUGAUGGUCGUUCAGCUUCUCUAUGCUUUGUACACUGGGCUGCCGCUGUUCACAAACAGCAACCCUCGAGUGAAGAGUCUCUCUGAAUGGCUUACAAUGAAGGCACCCGUGAUGCACAGCAAGGAUGACUUGCCGCAGAGCCCUUAUGCCAUCACGUUGCAAUCAUGGUCGGAGGAGGUUUGGGCCACUGAGCUGGUGAUGUCUUUGAGCCCUGCAGCCCGGCUCACUGCAGUCAUGGCUCGAGAGACAGAGCGGGUCAAGGUGACGGAGUUGGCCAAAGUCCAACAGCUGAGCGGAGCAGACCCAUGGACCCGAGCUUCGUUGGUCACCUGGGCGAGGCUCAUCACACAGCGGCUCUUCUUGACUGCUUGCUUCGAGGGGGCCCUUUUCACCAACAUCACCGGCAGCGUGCUUGCCAUCGAGAAAUACUUGACCGGUCGGGCCGACAUUCUGACCCUGGGCCUCCGUCGUCUUGAGCAGUCUCAUGUCGUGCGGGCCGUCACAGUGGUGCUGUGGCCUGAGCUCAACGAUGACAAGGCUAGUGACGAAGACAGGAAGUUUCAAGAGCAAGGUUAUGAGGAGAUCAAUCGAUCGUCACUCAAGGGCUACCUGUUGCGCACGGUGACCUUGCUUUUGGGCUCCGCAGUGCUGCUGUCCUGGUGGAUGGGCUAUGCUGUGCUGAAGACACUGAUGGUCUUUCGUUGCUCCAAAGGCUUGUGGAACUACGCAUGGCCUUUGCCUGAUGGUUGCAUCGAGUGCUGCAAGUCAUCCACUGAGUCUGGUCUCGAGUCGCGUCUGAGGGUCCUUGCAGUUGCGAACGGCGAACAGGACCAGCGAGGAUACGCUCUUUAUGGAACCUUUGCUCCGAACAGGCCUGGAGUUGGAGUGGCGUCAGUGGUAGUCGUACUUCAAGAUGUCGAUGCGCAGCUGUCUCCUAUUGCAGAGUGCCAGUGCUGUGGAAUCUACUUGCUUUGUCGGGUGUCUUCGUGCCAUUAUUUAGCUGUAGCUGCAACAACCUAUCUCUCGCCGAAGCGGGGGCUGGAAGGAACGUAUCAGGCCCAGAAGGGAAAGAGGAGUCACGGCCCCCCUCCCUUUGUCCUUCGGAAGCGCAACGCUCACGGACUGCUGGUCCGUGAUGGCAUCUGUGGUUCUGAGACGGUUCGUGCGGCUGGAGAGGGAGUUGGGGAGUUGGGGGUCUCUGUUCUGCUCGAUAGUGGGCUGACGCGAGGCGAACUGAAAAGCUGGUGUAGGAGAGCCGGGGCCACGGCGGAUCAGUGCAAAGUGCCCUUUCUCAGAUCACAUCCGUGUUUCCUUGUGCUCGGUCGGUGCGAGUACUUCAACCCGCUGAGCUCCGUGAAGGCCCAUCAGCAGACUUCCCAAACCGCCGUUGCAGCCCAGCAUCGUGAAAUCCGCACUGCUGUUGAGAAGGUGGAUUCCAGGACGCCGAGCAGGUUGUGGAGGAUCAGCCAGGGAAAUGAGGCCUGCGACCUACAAAUGAGUGAAAGACUCGAUGUCACUUAUGCAGUGAUGGACUGUGCGCAGCAUAUGAAUGUUAGUACGGGUGUUUCACUCUCGACCCUGCAUCUCAGCAGCACAAGCGAUGAUGAUUCCGAAUCCGACAGCCUGACCAGCUUCAAGCCUGCAGACCCGAUUCAGUGGCACGACCGUGAGCUGCCGUCGUGGGCGUACGAUGAUUCUGCCGUGCAGGUCAUUUCAUGUGUCAUGGAAUGGAAGGCGCCAGCUUUAGUUAGAGUCGGAGCAGCAAGCACACGUGUAUUGGCGUUCGUGUGGCGCUACGUCUUUUAUGCUAUGCUUGUUGUGUGGUUCUUCUGGGCUGCUUUCCCGCUGGUCGUCGCAAAUUUUGCUACUUGUGACGAGCAAGGCGGCUUCUCUCGUAUAUCUGCUAAGCUGCUGAUCAUCUACGUCCCCUUCGUCUUGCUGUCCCUUUGGCUCGAGUGCAAGGUCCUGGCUGCCAAGAUUCCCAUGGAGGUGUGCUCCUUGGGUGGCUGGACCUUUCUUGGCGUUCGUGUCCCCUUCUCUGCAUACUUCGGCGUGCAGCUCGUGGUCAGCGCCGUGAGCCACAUGGACCUCGCCACAAAUGGCAUUGUCUACGCAGAGAUUCUACACACGGCAUCUUGCGACGGGAACCGUGUUGAUGAGACCUGGGCGUUGGUAAGCCAGCGCUCGGUUUUCCACGAACGGUUGCCCCGCCUCAGUGCGGUUGCCUCAAUCAGCUAUGGGUUGAUGGUCGUUCAGCUUCUCUAUGCUUUGUACACUGGGCUGCCGCUGUUCACAAACAGCAACCCUCGAGUGAAGAGUCUCUCUGAAUGGCUUACAAUGAAGGCACCCGUGAUGCACAGCAAGGAUGACUUGCCGCAGAGCCCUUAUGCCAUCACGUUGCAAUCAUGGUCGGAGGAGGUUUGGGCCACUGAGCUGGUGAUGUCUUUGAGCCCUGCAGCCCGGCUCACUGCAGUCAUGGCUCGAGAGACAGAGCGGGUCAAGGUGACGGAGUUGGCCAAAGUCCAACAGCUGAGCGGAGCAGACCCAUGGACCCGAGCUUCGUUGGUCACCUGGGCGAGGCUCAUCACACAGCGGCUCUUCUUGACUGCUUGCUUCGAGGGGGCCCUUUUCACCAACAUCACCGGCAGCGUGCUUGCCAUCGAGAAAUACUUGACCGGUCGGGCCGACAUUCUGACCCUGGCCUCCGUCGUCUUGAGCAGUCUCAUGUUUGCGGAACGCUUGAUCUCAACCGUAAAGGUCGUGCGGGCCGUCACAGUGGUGCUGUGGCCUGAGCUCAACGAUGACAAGGCUAGUGACGAAGACAGGAAGUUUCAAGAGCAAGGUUAUGAGGAGAUCAAUCGAUCGUCACUCAAGGGCUACCUGUUGCGCACGGUGACCUUGCUUUUGGGCUCCGCAGUGCUGCUGUCCUGGUGGAUGGGCUAUGCUGUGCUGAAGACACUGAUGGUCUUUCGUUGCUCCAAAGGCUUGUGGAACUACGCAUGGCCUUUGCCUGAUGGUUGCAUCGAGUGA